ACUAGCUAGCAUAUAGUCUCGUCUCCCGCUUUCUCCUCGUGUGCGGCGGGCGCCGACAUGUUCGCGCCUCCGUUUCCUUCCUCAUCACCCGCUCCGCCUCAGGGUCCAGCAUCACCAUCACCCUACGGCCAGAUUGGCCUGGGGCCACCGCGAUGCCACCCACGUCAACGCUCGCAAUCAUGGGAUCGCUCAGCUGGGCUUCCACCUCGUCCAUUUGAGAUUGACGACUAUGCUAACCUCGAUCAGAGGCUCAGGUCGCCAUCGCCCUUUGGAGCAGCUGAACGACCUCAGCCAAUGAAUGCUGUCAGCAAGCAUCCCAAGAUCAAGCUCGAUGUCAUCCUCAACAGUCCAAUCUUCGAGGCCGGAGGUGCUAUCACUGGUCGGAUAGAGCUCACCUGCGCUACUGGUCAGAAGUUGAGGCUAGGCGACAUCGCAGUCGAGCUCGAGGGAUUCGAAGAGCUCACGUCGCGAGAUCACUCUGCAACGCAAGUGUUCCUAUACAAUCGAACACUCUUCCAGGGCCAGCACCUUCCACCCUCAAACGCAGUCCUUCCCUCUGCGCCUCAUCACGGCUACUGGUCUGCUCGCAAGGGGCGCACCACAUUUCCAUUUUCUUUCCGCCUGCCGUCGACAACGCCGUCUUCGGUUGUCUUUGCAGGCAAUGCCGCAGUACGUUACGUCGUCAAAGGGCUAGUUCAGGCGUGGUACCAAGAGUCCAAGUCCAUCGUCGUCACCAAGAGCGAGGCAAACGUGGUCGAGCGAUGGGACGACGAGGACCUCGCUUUGUACAGAACGCCCGUUGACAAUGUCGGAGAGACCAAGCUCUUCAUGGGAGGGAGUGGUAGCGUUUGGGUCGAAGCUGGGGUAGAGCAGUGCCUGUUCAUGGCAGGCGGCAAGGCCAUGAUCCGACUGGGCAUCAGGAACGCCUCGAAAAGGGACACGUCUGGCGUCAUUGUACAUGUCAUUCGCUAUUUGACGCUCGGAGAAGGCGGAGGAGCCUCCGCUAAGGGGCCCACUAUCACCGACAUUGUCCACUCGCAGCACUACCGCGGCCAGGCAUUUGAGUUUCCGUCAGGCUCAGAGGUCGUGCUAAACGUGCCCAUCGACAUUCCCCAGGAGACGCGGACCAUUCGCAAGACGAAGCUGUUCCAAGUCAAUGUCGGCCUCGUCGUCUCGUUACCCAUGGGUACAUUCGCCAAGGAUCUAGAUGUCAAGCUGCCGGUCUUUGCCGCCCAUCCAACGAGCCUCCAGCAUGCAUGGGAUGGCACUAUGAACGAUGUGCACCGGAAUCAUACGCAGGAUCAGCAAUGGGCUCACGAGCAUCUUGCACACCAUCAUCAGCAUCACCAAAACCACUAUCAUCAUGCGCAUCAUAGCCCCAUGCAGCUGCCGCCGCGCUCACAGUCAGCCAUGGGGCAUCACGGCUCGCACGUCGCCUUUCCUGCAGACCAGUCAGGCAGAGGCCCAUCGCCGGCGCCUGUCUCGCCGAGUUUUGUCGACCACCCAGGCAUGGUCUCCCUGCCCCAGUCUCCUCUGCCAUUCUCUGUCGCUCCAAGCGAUCAACAGCAACCACAGCAGCACGUCAGCUGGGAUGCAAAUGCGCAAGGCUGGGGCGCGAGCCAGUUCACGAGCCCUCAGCUUGGCCUCUCAAGGCCAGCAAGCGCUCAGCCAGACCUCCAGCAGCAUCACAUCCAAGCCUUUGCUGCCGCCUCUUCGCCAGCCCCUGUCGAGCAGCCGUACCGUGCGGCAUCAGUCGAGCCGGCAAACUUUGCCUCAGCGUCACCGUCACAGGUAUAUCAGCAGACACCGCCCGCUCACGUGCAACAGCAGAUGACAUCGCUUGCACCGCCUUCGCCGCAAGCAGAUGGCCUCUCUACAAUUGCAGAAGACUCAGAGUCGGCAGGCAAUACGGUCAAGAGCGUAUGGGCCCUCGGUGGAGACCGGACGGGCGCCAAGAGGAGCGUCUCGCCUGCUGAGGUAGAGCUUUUCGAGCGCUUGGUGGACGAGGACAGGAGCCAAGAUACACCGCCAGCUCCACCUACCGUUUCCAAGGAUAUGGGUCGCAAGAGCGUUACGACUAUAUUCGAAACGACACCACCACCACAACCUGCGGCCAAGCUAGCUGAAGCGCCUGUCACGCCGCCGAAGGAGACGGUUAUGGCGAAUGUGCGCAAGCCUGCUGCCCCCGCUGCUUCAUCGAAAGCGGUCGGCCCCAGCAGCAAGGUGGAAGCAUCGGGAACUAGGCAGCCUCUACGCUCGUCAGCGACGGCUCUUCCGAUGCCUGUGGAGACUCCCGCUCGUCCAGCAAGCGCUCAAGGGCAAGGACUCACUGCACUCGAGCAGCGACUGGCUUCCUCGAAGAUCAGUGCAAGCGCGAGCAGCUCGCCACAGCCAGCAACAUCUCCAGCCCGUGAGCGAGUGCAUUCGACCGAAUCAGCGACCGCGAAGGGCACGACGGGCUUGCGAGCAGCAGCUGCGGCCAGACAACAACAGCAGGAGAGCCAGAAGGAUCCCAUCACCGAGCAGAGCGUACCUACCCCUCAAAGCAAGACCCUCGCCGCGGUCCCCCCUGCAGCGACGGGCAGUAAAACUCCCUCAUCCAGCUCCGGAAACAGCGAGCGCAAGGUUGUCGACGAUGGGGAAGCUCGCAAGCUAGGCAAGGCAGCCGUUCGUCGCGUGGGUGGCUGGCUGGACGAGACUCGUUCGCCAAAGGAGCAGCCGAGGACGCUGUCCUCCUCGUCGAGAUCACCUCCAAUGACAAGCAGCGCGAUAGACACACCAAAGACGCCAAGCUCUAGCGCUUUGCUUGGGGACAGGGCAAUUCCGAGCAGUAGCAGCAGCACGAGCAGCAUUGCGCUGGGCGGCGGGUCGCUUCGACGAUCAGCAUUGGCACAGAGUGCGACGCAGGGCAGUCGUGCCAGUGAGGUAGUCGGCGGGAGCGCGGCCGCUAGCUUGACGCGCUCGUCUAGUGGGUUGGAGGCCUUGAAUCGCUAUCGGCAAGCGACGGCGGGCAAGAUUCCGAAGCCCAAAACCGAGAACAGCUCCGCUACGGAUGUAGAGAAAAAGAACGUCUUCCCUGCUUCAGCCUCAUCAAGCUCUGUCAAGUCAACAGCCACUGCAAACUCGUCCGCCUCGUCAGUCAAGGUGGCCCCGGUCUUCUCGCGCAAUGUUGGUCCUGCUCAGCCCGUCGCACAGCUCGCCUCAGCAAAAGCAGACGAAACCACGGACAGCAGCGACUCCCCUACUGCCCGCAGCUACGACGUCCGCUCCGCUCGUGGAGGAAAGGGUGGACGGGUCGCCUCAGCUGCUAGCCUGUGGGCGUCGAUUGCAAAUGGGACGGAUGGGAAGCUCCCCGUUCCCUCGUCUUCCUUGGGCAAUGGCCUCGCCUCGUCUCCAUCUCUUGAUGGCGUGAGCUCAUCGAUGAGAAGAACGACAGUCAAUGCCCGCCCAAUGGCUAGGCGUUCCAUGAAUGGGGAGGCGCCCCCGCUGGAUUUCACAAAUCGGGAGAAGGUGGAUCAGGAGAUCAAGAGAAAAGAGGCUGAAGAGGAAGAGCAGGAACAGAGGAAGUCGAGCUUGAGUGCAUCGAGCGCCUCGCCAUCCACUCCAGCUCGCGUCUCUCCCAAACCUGUGCGUCCUACAGUCGUCAAGCCAGCAGCAAAUGCGAUGCCUUCCGCCUUCUCUGGGCAUCCCAAGCCCAAGGCGCCGAGCAAUAGCGCCGCUCCACAGAUCACGAAGCGCGGUGCUGCUCCAUUCCUGAACACGACAGCGCCUAAGGGUCAGAUCUCGUCAGCGGCCUUGUCGCUUCCUGGUGGUGGUGAGGAUGAGAAGUCGGUCAUGGGGCGCGGAACCACGAAGCCGGUUGGUAAGGGGAGGAUGGACGAGUUGAGGAGUAUGUUUGCAACGUGAGAAUGCUUCAAUGCCGCACGGACUUUUUUG